GUUAUGUAAUAUGUUUAUACGAUCUUUAUCUUCCAGUUCCAGAAAUAAUUAAUCAGAGGUGGAAAAAUAUGAUAAGAGAAGUCAAACUAGUUUGAAGAGUGAAGAACCUUGAUCUUGUUCUUGCUCUGAAGGAAUUUGAAUGUUUAGUUACGAUUAGAAGUUCAUGAGAUAAUUUAAAUCUAGAAUAUGCUGACAAGACGAGGUGUGCUCGCUUCAAGUCGUGUACAAGUUGAACCGGAAGCAGUUGAACCGGAAGUAGUUGAACCGGAAGUCAUUGAACCUACUGCUCCACGGCGUCCUACUAGAUCAACCAGAAGGGAAAGGAUUCCAACUUGCCCUCGUCCUCCUCCCAACUCGAUCAAUGAUACUACAAUUGAUCUAACAGAUGAUUCAGUUGAUCAGCAAACCGUCCAGGAUAAUGUGUUUCUUGUUCCAUCUACUCCUGAUAUACAGAUGGGUAAUCUUGCAUUGACUAUUCCUCGUAUGCAGACCAGAGAAUCUGAAAACCCCGGUCUGAACCAAGAGGAAGGUUUGGUUAUCGUUGAUGAUACACUGGAGGAAGAAGACGAAGAGAGAGCCGGGGAUAUUUCAGAGAGGGUUAUUGAAGUUGACACUGAGGAGGAAGUUAAUGUGGAGCAGGAGGAGGAGGUGGUGAGGCUUGGUAACACAAGAGAUAUUAGAGAUGUUACUAUUAUUGAUCUCACCAACUCUCCAGCGCCUCCUAGAAUUCGUUCCCGAGAGAACAGUAGUGGCAGCCAAUCAAAUACAGCUACUCAUCAAGAUUACGGAACCUGUCCAAUUUGUCUUGAGUUGAUCUGGGAGCUCAAGAAGGAUGGACUGAUCUCCACGGUGUGUGGACAUGUAUUCUGUAGUCCAUGUUUCUACUCUUCCCUCUACCGAACUGAUGUUCAUCGACCCACCUGCCCCGUCUGCAGAGGAUCACUUUCAAGGAGAAAUGCAUAUCAUCCUGUCUACCUAUAGACAACAACAGAUCAUCCUCUCUUCCUAUAGACAACGAUGAAUCAUCCUCUACCUCUGUGUACAAUAAUCUCUUAAUAAACUAAACUUAAUUCCUAGGACGGAUCGUUCUCUACAAGAUUGAAUUAAGAGAGCAGAAUAAACUGCAUCUUAGAUCUCUCCUCUGAUAAUUUUUAUUAUGCAAAAAAAAUAUUAGUUCGUCCCUAAAACAUAUGUAUUUUUGUAUAUAUCGACAAAUUCUUUGUAAUUAAAAAGUAGCACUUAAAAUUCUUUGUAAUUAAAAAGUACCACUUUAAAUUCUUUGUAAUAAACUAAACUUAAUUCCUAGGACGGAUCAUCCUCUACAAGAUUGAAUUAAGAGAGCAGAAUAAACUGCAUCUUUGAUCUCUCUUCUGAUAAUUUUUAUUAUGCGCAAAAAAAAUAUUAAUUCGUCCCUAAAACAUAUGUAUUUUUGUAUAUAUCGACAAAUUCUUUGUAAUUAAAAAGUACCACUUAAAA